GAGCAGCAAGCGUAGAAUAUAGAGCCGUCAGCUUAGCGGUUGCAAAUGGCGACAGCCACGAAAUCCCUGUCACAGAUUCGCGUAUAAUUCUCGUCGUAAAUAUAUCUGUGACUCCGCCACCCGCACGGUUAUCCCUCGGUUAUAUUGGUCGUCUGAGCAAUAGGAGGCAAAGAUGCCAGCCGUGCGAGGAGAUGGCAUGCGUGGUCUCGCCGUGUUCAUUUCAGACAUCAGAAAUUGCAAGAGCAAGGAGGCAGAGAUCAAGAGAAUAAACAAGGAGCUAGCAAACAUCCGUAGUAAGUUUAAAGGCGAUAAAACGCUGGAUGGUUAUCAGAAGAAAAAAUAUGUUUGCAAGUUACUGUUCAUAUUUCUACUUGGACAUGAUAUUGAUUUUGGUCAUAUGGAAGCUGUAAACCUUCUUUCGUCGAACAAAUACUCAGAAAAACAAAUUGGAUAUCUAUUCAUAUCUGUACUAGUAAAUACAAACAGCGAUCUUAUUAAAUUAAUUAUUCAAAGUAUCAAGAAUGAUCUUGCAUCAAGAAAUCCAAUUCACGUAAAUCUUGCUUUACAAUGUAUCGCCAACAUUGGCAGCAAGGAAAUGGCAGAAGCGUUUGGCAACGAAAUUCCAAAACUGCUUGUGUCAGGAGACACUAUGGACGUUGUGAAACAGAGCGCAGCCCUUUGCCUCUUGAGAUUAUUGAGGACAGCACCAGAGGUGGUUCCAGGUGGAGAGUGGACUUCUCGCAUAGUUCAUCUUCUGAAUGACCAACACCUCGGUGUUGUCACAGCAGCUGCAUCGCUGAUUGAUGCGUUAGUUAAACGAAAUCCAGACGAAUAUAAGGGCUGCGUCAGUCUUGCUGUUUCAAGAUUGAGCCGGAUUGUAACGGCUAGCUACACAGAUUUGCAGGACUAUACCUACUACUUUGUACCUGCGCCUUGGCUCUCUGUUAAACUUCUUCGUUUGCUGCAAAAUUAUACUCCACCUGCCGAGGAUCCAGGAGUACGUGGAAGACUGAACGAAUGUCUUGAAACCAUAUUGAACAAAGCUCAGGAGGCACCAAAAUCGAAGAAAGUACAGCAUUCUAAUGCAAAAAAUGCAGUUCUUUUUGAGGCGAUAAGUUUGAUUAUUCAUAACGAUAGCGAGCCAAACUUGUUGGUUCGUGCUUGCAAUCAGCUUGGUCAAUUUUUAUCAAAUCGUGAGACUAAUCUACGGUACUUAGCACUCGAAUCAAUGUGUCAUCUUGCUACUUCCGAAUUUUCUCACGAAGCUGUGAAAAAGCAUCAAGAAGUUGUGAUACUUUCAAUGAAAAUGGAAAAAGACGUUUCCGUGAGACAGCAAGCCGUUGAUCUACUUUACGCGAUGUGCGACAAAAGCAAUGCCGAAGAAAUUGUCCAAGAAAUGCUGAAUUACCUAGAAACUGCGGAUUAUUCGAUCCGAGAAGAAAUGGUAUUAAAAGUAGCUAUACUAGCUGAAAAAUAUGCAACUGAUUACACGUGGUAUGUCGAUGUGAUCCUAAAUUUAAUCAGGAUAGCUGGUGAUUAUGUCUCUGAGGAGGUCUGGUACAGGGUUAUUCAAAUUGUUAUCAAUCGAGAUGACGUUCAGGGUUAUGCUGCUAAAACUGUGUUCGAGGCUUUACAGGCUCCGGCAUGUCACGAAAAUAUGGUCAAAGUUGGUGGCUACAUUUUGGGUGAAUUUGGGAAUCUUAUCGCCGGUGAUCAACGGUCGUCUCCUCUAGUACAGUUUCAACUUUUACAUUCCAAAUAUCACUUGUGCUCCCCGAUGACAAGGGCACUGCUGCUUUCGACUUACAUCAAAUUUGUCAAUUUAUUCCCUGAAAUUCGUGUUCAAAUUCAAGAGGUUUUCAAGCAACACAGCAACCUACGCAGUGCUGACGCAGAAUUACAGCAACGAGCUUCUGAGUACUUACAGCUGAGCAUUAUUGCCUCCACUGAUGUCCUUGCUACCGUUCUAGAAGAAAUGCCAGCUUUCCCAGAACGAGAGUCGUCCAUUUUGGCUGUGCUGAAAAAAAAGAAACCAGGUCGAGUUCCAGAGAAUGAAAUUAGGGAAAGCAAAAGUCCAGCACCCAAUUCGAAUCAUCACACUGAAGCCCCUUCGGCAAUAUCAGCUGCAACUGUCAGCAAUAAUAAUUCGGCAGAUUUAUUAGGCCUCUCUACUCCCCCAUCUUCCCAGCCGACAAGCAACACUGGUGUUCUUUUGGACGUUCUUGGUGAUAUAUAUAGUGGAACACCAAACAAUGUCGGUGCUACGAAUGGUGCACAAAACACUUAUAACCCUAAGAAAUUUGUAUGUAAAAACAAUGGAGUGCUAUUCGAAAAUGAUCUGAUUCAAAUCGGAGUUAAGUCUGAGUUCAGACAAAAUCUUGGACGCAUUGGAUUAUUUUACGGAAAUAAGACGCAAUUUGUGUUACACAACUUUCACCCACAAUUAUCCUGGUCGGAGGAGGACGAGGCUAAACUAUCUGUUCAAGUUAAGCCGGUAGAUUUGGUCUUAGAAGCAGGAGCGCAAAUUCAACAGAUGAUUAAUGCUGAAUGCAUCGACGAUUAUAAUGAUGCGCCGAGCAUGGUAAUUUGUUUUUCGUAUAACAACGUGCCUCAGAAAAUAACAAUGAAAUUACCACUUACCAUUAACAAAUUCUUUGAACCUACUGAAAUGAACGGCGAGUCGUUCUUUGCGAGGUGGAAGAAUCUUGGGGGGGCAAAUCAGCAACGUUCGCAGAAAAUAUUUAAGGCUCAACAACCAAUGGACUUGGCACAGGUCCGCACAAAGUUGCAAGGCUUCGGAAUGCAACUGCUUGACGGGAUUGAUCCGAAUCCCGAUAACUUUGUGUGUGCGGGAAUCGUGCACAUGCGGGCACAACAAAUUGGGUGUCUUUUGCGUCUUGAACCGAAUAAACAAGCUCAGGCAUUGCCGUGUUUUCAGAUGUUCCGAUUAACGGUGCGUUCUAGCAAAGAAUCAAUGUCUAUAGAGGUCUGCAACCUGCUGGUGGAUCAAUUCUAAGUGAUCAUACGUCAGGCUUGUAUAUCUUACAUAUUUACAGAGGCAGAGCAGCAAAAGAAGGCCACUUCGAUCUUUACUCAUUAUUCACUGAUGUUUCGUUUGAUCUAGAGGUCAUUUUCUGUUGUUUGGUCAAUAUUAAUUAUUUGUACAAGAUUGCAUUGUUCUCAGUUUCACACUCGCUAAUUUAUCACGAGCCUGUCCCACUCGUAUUGCCACAGAGUUUUGUGUAAAGAAAGCUAAAAACAAUGAAGGAAACUACGUACCGGUUGACUUUUAAUUGACAGUAUUAACCCCUGACCUUAAGGAAACAUUUAAAAAUAUACAUGUACCUUUUUCUUUUUUAAAGACGAUAUCAAAAAAUAUGUUUGACGAAAUACUAAGCUCUAUCGUAAAUUUUCUAUUUUGGGAAAAAAUAAAUGAAAAAAUACCUGCUCAAGUUCGUCCCACUGUUCCUACUCAGCAUUUCAUUCCAAAAAUAUUUAUCCUUCGCGAAGCAAGAUAUAAGAUUUAAAUUCUGCGCACCAAGAAUACAUCACGCGUGAUGAAUCUUGUACAUUACAAAUGAUUUACAACUAAUGGUAAAUCGAUUUCGAUUAAAAUUCAUAUGACGUUGAUCGUUUAUUUAAUGAUUGCGCUUUUCAAUCAUAUUGCUUAAUCCCGAGUAAUUGGCGAGUGUGGCUUUGUGAGCAAUCUUAGCUGUAUGAUAUUAUUCACAUCAAUGCAUCUUUAAGAACGCUCAAACGAUUUCUUGUAACUUGCUGCUUCGAAUUGAUUGUCCUUUUUUUUUUGCCAACCCGUGUUUCAACUGAAGAAUGUUAAUGGGUGGAUCCAUGGCUGGUAAUCUAGGACAAAUCGUAAAUUGAAUUUAUUAAACGAUUGCAAAAUGAUUUACUUUAGUUACGAGAGUGGUUUCGUAAAUUAAUUCGACGUUGUAUGUGCAAGAAAUAUGUUCUAGACAUAAUAGAAUAUUUUUUUUCUGUUCUUUACCCAAAAUCAUUGAUUAAAAUCUUAUUUCAAGUUCUACUCACAAAGUGACAAAAAUAACGUGUUGUCCAAUUUAGUACGAGUAUCACGUUUGAAAUUCGCAGAUAUUCAGCUUAAAAGAAAUACGACAUUUAAUACUGAUAUUCGAUCAGUUUUCUUUGCCCAAGAUAUAACAAUGUAAAAAGUGUUGGUUAAUAACUACGUAUUGGCUCCUAGUCAAUAAUCGAAAAAUUUUUAAUCAGUAAUGAUUAAACGCGAGGUUUCUUUUUAAAUUAUUGUGUCGUCGCCAAAAGUAACGUUUCCACUAGAACCAUAAUAUAGGUAAUACUAAUGGUUAGCGGGUAACUGCAAGAAGCAUCCGGCGCGAGGAAAAUUCUUUAUAACAUUUCAGAGGUAAUAGGCAUCAGCAAAAUAGAUUCUUACUUGUUUAAUAUUGUUAUUAAUACUACUUUUAUUAUUAUUACUAUUUUUCUCUGGAAUAAUAUCAAUGCAGAUAUGCUGCAGUGCAUAACCGACAGUCGACAUUUACUGUGUAGUAGGUGGAAAAUGAGUUUAAAAAAAAACUAGAAAAAACAAAAACAAAGUGUAAAAUCUAAUUGAAUUGUAAAUAAGUUUUUGGAUUAACUAGCUUCCAACACAAGAUCAGCCAAAGAAGAGACAAGAUUGCGGUACUUUCAGCCAUAAGAACUCUAAUCUUAUCCAUAAUUGCAACUCUGUUCUAUAUGAUCUUGUUACCUUAGCUUUUUAUUUCUUAGUUAGAAACUGAAUAUAUGUUUAUCAAGAUGUAUAUUUUCUUUUCCCUUGAAUGUACGGUAGUGUAAAUUUUCACUCUACUUUCUUCCCUUUCUUUUGUGCUUCUGUUUUUUCUUAUUUCAUGUCCAUUAAAUACUCGGUUUGGUUGUGUGGUCAGGUAUAUGGUCACACCACUGAAAUGUUUAAAACUCAUUUUUAGAGACGCGUUGUCAGUAAUAAUUGUGUAUAUAAUUUCCAAAGCUGCUACUUGAUCAGACGCUACGAUGGAGAAUUUGUUGUAACGUUGAAUUUUCUCCCAUCUAAAAUGAGACAAAAUUGCACUCAUCUCGGCACGUAAAACAACAAAGUACGGAUUCCUAGAACGCGAAAAAAUCUUUUUAAUCGAUCAAUGGCGCACGGAUCCGUCUCUGGCUGGGUAGAAGAUAGGGAAUAAUGAAUCUCAGAUGAUCUACGAUGCGCUAUUAUUCAGUAUUUAUUUUUUUCUCCUAUUCGCCGUUGGUACACUUUAUCAAUGCAAAAUGUUUUUUGAAUUAUUGCCGACAAUAGGUACGAUAUCGCAUUGUGACUGUAUACUUGGGUCACAAAUUCCUCAACACCGUUAAUGGAUUUCUAAGAAAUUACGGUAUCAAAUAAUUUUACAAGAAAGUU